AUGGCAGCCGAUCAGUCAAUUCUCCUCUGUUUCUUCGUCUCCUUCUUUGCGUUUCAAAUCGCCGCCAAGAAUCAGAAGGAAGCUCUUGACGCUCUCUACAAGGCCAAGUUUUUCACCAACUCAAUCGCCGCCGAUUCAUCCGAUUUUUUCGUCCGAAACCACGUUCCAGAUCAAAACACCGAUGUUUUGCCGACGGUUGAGAUUUACGAUCAGACCGGACUGAAGCAGCAGGACAAAAUCGAACGGCUGCCGGGACAGCCGCCUAGGGUUGAGUUAUCGCAGUACGGCGGCUAUGUGACAGUCAACAAAUCCGCCGGCCGAGCUUUUUAUUACUACUUCGUUGAAUCUCCUGAAAACAAGGCCUCGUUGCCGCUUCUUCUCUGGCUCAAUGGAGGGCCUGGGUGUUCGUCUCUUGGUUAUGGAGCCAUGGGUGAACUCGGUCCAUUCCGAGCUGGUAGCGACGGGAAAACCCUCUUUCAAAACGACUUCUCAUGGAUUCAUGUGGCAAAUGUGUUGUUUUUGGAAUCUCCGGCCGGAGUGGGAUUCUCGUACUCCAAUACUACAUCGGAUUACAAAAACAAUGGAGAUAAGAAUACGGCAAAAGACAACUAUGCAUUUUUGGUGAAUUGGUUGGAGAGGUUCCCAGAGUAUAAAGAUCGAGAUUUCUAUAUUUCUGGUGAGAGUUACGCUGGUCACUACGUUCCUCAGCUCGCUCAUGUUGUUUUCUCACACAAUAAGAAGGCUGGAAAGACGAUCGUCAAUCUCAAGGGUAUUAUUAUUGGAAAUGCCGUGCUCAAUGAUGAGACAGAUCAAAUUGGAACGUACGAUUUCUUCGCAUCCCAUGCACUAAUUGCCGACAGAACUGCAAACGACAUAAAGAAGUAUUGUGACUUCUCGCCAAACUUGACCGUACAGAGCCCGCAGUGCUUAGCGGCGUCGAAAAUAGCAUACUCUAACAUACAAGUGAUCGACAUGUACAACAUCUACUAUCCACUAUGUUUGAAUAGUAACCUAACACAUUGGCCAAGGAAAGCGUCAGUGAUGAACUACGAUCCUUGUACUGAUGACUACACAUAUGCGUACUUGAACCAGGCAGAGGUUCAAAGGGCGAUGCAUGCCAACGUGACAAAGCUUGCACACGAUUGGGAUCUUUGUAACGAUGUCCUCAAGGACUGGACCGAUAGUGCUUCCACUAUUAUUCCUCUAUUGCGCGAGUUCAUGGACAAUGGAUUACGAGUCUGGGUUUUUAGUGGUGACACCGAUGGAAAUGUACCUAUUACUUCCACCAAAGACUCUAUCGCCACGAUGAAGCUUUCGGUCAAGAAACCUUGGUACCCCUGGUUCGUUCAUCAUGAGGUCGGAGGGUAUGCAGAAGUGUAUGAAGGGGAGUUGACGUUGGCGACCGUGAGAGGGGCAGGUCAUGAAGUGCCAAGCUUCCAACCAAGAAGAGCCCUUGCACUUAUCACACACUUCCUUGAAGGGACUUCUCUCCCGCCCUCUUCUCCUUCGUCUCAUUCUUCAUAA